GACACAUGGAAUGAAGUAACCGAAGUGAUGGAGAGCUCACAUGGUGUGAGAAAGAACGAGUUUGACGUGUGGUGCGGUGGUUUCGUUGGUGGCCACCAUGCCGCAGACGCCGCACAGGACGAUCUCCACACAGCGGGCCCUUGACAGGCCAGACAUUGGUGCUACCACCCUCCAGCGUGAACAUGCUUUGCCUUUGAUGGGUGAAAAUGCAGAGAGUGUGAAAAGAGCUGUGGUUCCUGAUGCGAUUGGCGUGACAUUGGGUUUACAAUUGCAAGAGACUGCGGACAUGGCAGCCUAUCAGAUCCUGAAACCCUUGUUCUUGACGGACCUGCCUUUGCCAUGGGAGGUGCGCCGCCGUGAACAUGGACGGUAUGACUUCUACCAUGCGGCUGUACGGGAGUAUCGUCAAGAGCAUCCAAUGCUGGGCUUCUUCAAAGAUGUCUUGGAGUUUCUCCGCACCAAUGCAAAGACAGGUAUCCCCAUGGACGAGCUUUUAGAGGCCCAGGUGUUUAAGGAGGCAAGCCCUGAAGUUGUGCGUUACCGCCUGGGCAUUUGGGAAGGCCCAGUAGAGGACUCUUCAGGCAGCCUGGUCUUUGUGCGCCAAUGGCUUGGUCGUGAUGAUGCUUGUGUCAAAACUGACCAGCGCUAUGACGAUCCGCGUUUCGAGGCUGCGGCAAACAUCUCCUUCCGGCUAGGUGGUUGGAUGCACCUUUGGAGGGGCUUUGUUGGCCAGGAACCAUUUCCUUUUCUAGAGGGCCGCUUGGGCGCGCUUUGCCAACAGCUUGGCGAGUCUGUCGUGACCGCUCCAGGCAUGGCAACUACCCAGAUGAUUGCCCACAUGGAACAACUUUUGCCGCGACUGGAGCCACCUGAGCCACCGCCAGAGCCAGAGAAGUGGGUGAUGACAUCGGAGGAGGAGGCCAUGCAGCCACUAGUCACCGACAUUCUGGCAAAGGCGUACAGUUCCGCUAUCUCUGAAGCAGCGCGAAGGGAGAAGCAGGCAAUGAUGCAUGACGGACGGCUAGCGGGUGAUUCUGACCGCUUUGCAGCUCGCGUCACCUGCAAAUUGAUAUACCAGGCUUCGCAGCGCCUGGUGGCGGACCUAGAACAUCAAGACUGGGCAGCUCUGCACUUCCCACCAGAAGAGGAAGAGGAGCAUGAGUAUUCCGAUGACUUGGCAGAGGAUCCUUUCGAGGAGGAUGAUGAAGAGGAGGAUCAAACUUCCGAGGAAGCUGUGGAGGAUUUGGGCGAACGACAUGUUGAGGAUCCGGAGCAGUUGGAGGACGAAGAGGAAUACUCUCAGCACGAUCCAGAGGAUGUCAUAGCACUUGUGGACGAUCCAGAAGUAGAAGUGGAAGAGACUGAUGAUGUCCGACCAGUCAUCCAGGUUUGCAAGGGCUUCAUCGCAAGCCUCGAAUCAGAUCAUGCUGCUUGGGCCCGCAGACAGCUGCGACCAUGGACACCACCCAGCCGUCGUCAAAGCACAGAGGAAGCUGCGUCACCCAAGGCUUUGUGGCCAGAUUCUCCCAAGGUCGAGACACAUAGGCCUCGUUUGGGCCGCAAACAGCGAGUUUGGCGCCAGACAGGCUUCCAGGAGGAAGGCCAAGAGCUGCAGGAUGAUGAAGAGGUUGAUGAGACGUCACCAACUGACCAGGUGGCACAAGCGUUGCUUGCUCAUGCCAUGGCCUUCCGUGAAGCCGGAGGAAUUUCACCCGAGGUGGCCAUCGCAGCCAAGGCGUUACUGGAACAUGCCAUGGCUGGAGGAGUGUCUCCUCAAUCUGAGGGUCUGGAGACCUUGCCGAUGACGCAGUCUCUGGACAGCCAGGCAGAAGCUGCAGUUGCUGAAGCAGCACUGGCAGAAGACGAUGCACACAGGGACAAUGAGGAAGUGGAAGAGACGGAUAUGCAGCGUGUGCAGGAGGACUCUCAGGAGUUGCCUGUGGAGAACCAAGAGGAGAACCCAGUGGAGGGCGGAGAAGGCGAAGAGGGCAACCAGGGCGAAGAGCUUUCUCCCGUGCCCGAGACGACCAAGCCGUCCAGGUCGGAGAGCUAUUGGCCACUGCUGGACAUGCAGUUGAAACCAGAGUUGCAGGAAAAAGUUGAUUCGUUUGCCAGACGGUUGGAAGAAGCGACCAGUACCUUCAACCAUUGCACUGGAGAUGAUGGGUCUUACGAUGUAGAUGACUUUUUGUGCAGCGUUAGCUGGAAUUGGUCCACCUCAGAGCCAGAAAGAAGUGAAUCCUACCGCACUGGUCGUGCUUUCCUGGCGCGUGCCUCCAUUCACGAUCCUAUGAGCCUACAGUUGGAUGGUAGUGAGAUGGACGAAUAUCAGAUGGUGGCGCAGGGCUGUGCUGCAAGGCCGCCAUCUCCCAAGCGCGGGAAGAUGCGAAGGCCUUGGUACAUGGAGGAUGCCGCAGAGCCACCUGAGGGUCUCGCGGCUGGACAGCCAGCUUUUCCGCUUGAAAGGGCCAGAUCAUCGAGUCCCAGACUUGUGAGAAAAUCAAAGCAAACGCCCAAAUUGCAGGCUGCCACAAUGCGAAUGACGCGGCGCGGUAUUGGCAAGCCGCCGCCGAAGGCCAAGCUGGAGCCCAGACCGCCAAGUGCAGGCUGCUACACCAGGCCACGUCACGACGAGUUGGUGCCCUUCCAGCCUUGCGCAGCUGCUUUGGAAGCGGCGAAGUCGACCAAGCGAUUCCUCAGCCGGACUUGCGGAACCAUGCAGGCAGCCUUAGCGACCUUUGACCCAAGUGGAGAUGGACGCUUCAGUCGUGAAGAAUGGGAUUUGGGGCUAAAGCAGCUCGACUUCACCGUCAAUUACGAUCACCAGGAGAUCUUCACAGUCCUGGACAAACGCCUGCAUCACAUGCUCACCCUCUCAGACCUUUUGGACUAUUGCAGUGGUAUUCCAAUUGAUACCGGUAUGCCAGCCCCGGGCCUGCGUGGCACUAUGUCGGAGCUGUUCGAGGAGGUCAUGGAGGAACAGCUGGCGAAGGCCGUGCAAGAGGCCUUGGGUGAAGUGGCUUUGCAGGGUCUGCAAAACCCCAGUGGCCCCACUAGCUCACUGCCGGACGUUCAAGGCUACGUAAGGCAUCUAAAGUUGAAGAAGCAAAGAGAGAAAGAAGCCAGCCAGGCCAAUCAGGCUGCUCCAUCCAGCCAGGUAUCAGGAAAGAAGAAAAGAAGUUCAGCGACUGGCUCCGGUGAGACCAAUGAGCGCGAGGAUGAUUCGUACAGCGAGGAGACAGAGCCGGAGCUGCCGCAACAGCCUGGACAGGAAGAGCCUGUGUCCACUGGGAAGGAGCCGGGUAGCCGCCACCAAACGCAGCAAGAGAGGAAGGAGGCAAGGGCAGCCAAAGCCGCAGCAAAGUCCGCAGGAAGGACGCUUUCUCCGUCUCUAUCCAGAGAGGGAUCGGCUGGUCGUGCCCCAACACCUCAAGAGCGGAAGGAGGCAAGGGCAGCAAAAGCCGCAGCAAAAGCAGCUGGAAAGGCGCUCUCUCCGCCAGGAUCACCUCAGCCAAGGGAGGGGUCAGCUGGUCGUGCCCAAACACCUCAAGAGCGGAAGGAGGCAAGGGCAGCAAAAGCCGCAGCAAAAGCAGCUGGAAAGGCGCUCUCUCCGCCAGGAUCACCUCAGUCAAGGGAGGGGUCAGCUGGUCGUGCCCAAACACCUCAAGAGCGGAAGGAGGCAAGGGCAGCCAACGCUGCAGCAAAAGCAGCUGGAAGAGCGCGCACACCACCUUCAUCCAGGGAGGCAGAUGACAGCCCCAAAGAUGAGGCUGCAAAGAAGAAACAUGCAAAGAAGAAACACAAGGCUGAAGAUGGAACAAGUACAGAGCAAGGAAACUCCCCGAAGACGAGGACAUCCUCACCUGGAAAGCUGAAGCAACAGGAUUCGAGCCCACAUCCAGAAAAUUCGGUUGCUUUUGCAUCAGCAUUGACGCGGAACUUUGUCGAAGUGGAUCCGAAUAUCAAUCCCAACGAAGAGAUUACAAGAGCCAAAAAGAAGCUCCGGAAGAAGAAGGUGCGACGUGCUGGUUCCAGCGACAGCAAGAAGCGUGUACGGAGCCACUCACCUGAGAGGUCAUAUUUGGCGGUCCGCAAUCAGCCGCAGCCAAUCGCAAAGUUUUUGGGCUACAGCUUUGUUGAUCGUGAGGAUUUUGGUAAAGACGUUCCAGAUUCGCAAUUGUUGCCAUAUGUGCCAAGACCAGCAUCAGACAUUUGCAAAACAUAUGGUCACGUUUUCAGAAUCCUCGGGGAUCCAAGGGUGCGGAGGCUGAAAGUCGAGCCCAAGGAAAAGAGGUCCGUGCAUGAGGUCUUCAUGCCGCGUCCACCAUCCUGCUUUGAGCCCGAUUCGGAUGGCCCAACGGCUGGCGACACCUUCAAUGCAGAGAAGGCAGAGGGCCAAGCAGUUGCCAUGCCCGUCUCCAAGAGCACACCGGAUCUGAGAACAACGCAGGCUUCGACCACAGCAGGAACAUGGCGCUCCUCGUUUGGUUCAGAUACUGGAGAAAGAAGUGACCGUGUGAGCUUGCCUCCUUUGGUUCAGUCGCAGAACCAAAGGCCAGAGCUCUACAUGGGUGGUGGAGCAGCCAUUGAUGCGGAGUGCAGGCGCAACCCCUCAAGUCUCAGGACUGAAGGCCCUCAAGGGCCGAAUUCUAAGGCACUACUGUAGUUGUGAAAAUUCCAGUUGAAUGCCUUUCUUGUGAGUCACAGAGUGGGCCAAGGACGCUGUAAAUAGUCCGACUGAGCAUGACUGAGAGACAUUCAGGGGCAUGGAGUAGGAAUCUUUUUCGGGCGUUGUUUUUUCGUGAUAGAUAGUUUCACCAAACUGCACAUAGUUGCAAUGAUAACGAUAUCUUGGAGGCCGAAGGUCUUGAAUCAACAAGAUAGUAAAUCCUUUGAAAGAGGUAAA